UAUAGACCCCUUGGUUGUUAUUUUGGUGAGCUGAAGUACGUUUUUCUCCAUGCGAUUCAACACUUCCCCACUACCAUAUCCCAAACACUUUGACUAUGUUUUAAGAACUCUCAACACUCGCGAGAGAAGAGAUACGUUUGUCUUUGUUUUUUACGAGUACUCGUUGAUAUAGAUUCUCCUGUUUUUGAAAAGUUUUUUUCUUAUUUUUUUCCGUUUUGAACUUUUUGUUAUUUCCGCUUCCUUUUCUCUUAAGAUCCGACUUCGACUCCUCUUUAAUUGUGGAUUUACCCUAAUUGUUAGUAUUGCUGCUACACAAACUGCUUCCUAAUGUCCACGGCUUUGGGGUUUUCUGAAAAGAAACAUGAUAGAACACAAAGUCUUGGUCCGCCCCUCUCUCCCUUUAUUAGCAUAAACGACAUCGAUGAACUCACGAAAUCAGCAGUCUCGACCGUCGUUUCCUCUGACAUACGACCCCUAAGACCAGCUCCCAAUCCUCCUACCUCCCGUCUCUGCAGAAAAGCCACCUGUAGUACGGGUGCGGCUUCUGCCUCGACAUCUCCCAAAUCCGCUUCUACCGACUAUCACGUCCCCCUCGUGCACAAGAAGUCCACCUCCACUACAUACAGCACCAAGUCCAGCUUCUUUAAUCUCAGUAAAGAUUCGGUUAACUUUUGCGAGACCGGAAGUCUCCGCAGCUCCCUGGAACGCCGACUCAGUCACCGAAAGUCAUUGUCACAUUUAUCUGACAUAUUCAAGACCCUGAAGCAAAAACUACAGGUGAAGGGUCAGGAGCUGGAGAAGCAGCCCUCAAAAAGGAUUUCCACGCCGUAUAACUUUAAACAUGUGGCUCAUGUUGGAUGCGAUAAACAGUCCCAUGGCUUUGCUAAUAUGCCAGCCGAGUGGACUCAGGCGGCCGUGCGAACUCAAAAGGGUUCAGCUCACCUUCGCAAUCAUAGCAUCUCGCAUCUUGCGCCUCAUUUCAGAGCGCCUGCGACAUUAUGCGACGCUUCUCGCCGCACGCAACUUCCAGUGUUGCACUGUAAUGAUCGGAGCCCUCGCAAAUGCAUUAGUGGUAAUGCGGAAGGCUGUGUAAGCGCCGAUGUGCUGGACUUUAUGCCCUCCAUCAGAAAGGUCGAGGGAGCCUUGUCACGGUGUGCGUCGACAGUAUCGACCCUGCAGUCAAACGGUAACGGCACGAACAGAAGUCUUUCGAAAGAAAAGAUUCACACUCACACACGGCAUCUGUCAAUGAUGAGCGACUCGACAAGCAGUCUCCGUGUCCAAGACAUUGAUCUCAAGCUUAACAGCUCAUCGGAGAACAAUCUGUCUUCGGUGACGCCGACACGAAGCCCGGUGAAACUUUCCAAUCAUCGCCCGCCGAAGUCGUUUUCUAGUUUACGAUACACGCUUUCCGACACCGAUCAGAAACACCUAAUUGACCAGUUGUGCACGCAAAAAGAUCCUUUGCUGCAGUACACCGACUUUGAGAAAAUCAACCAGGGUGCGACUUCGGCAAUGUACGUCGCGAAAAGCACUACCCAACACAAGCCUUACGCGAUAAGACGCGUGUUCUACAAACGGAAUCACGGUACGUCUCUGUUGAACGAGCUGCACGACUUGAGUACACUUUCUCAUAAGAAUCUUGUGAAGUAUGUCGAGAGCUUUUGGUAUGACAACGAUAUCUGGGUCGUGUUAGAACACAUGAAUGGAGGUACUUUGAAGAGCCUGCUUCGUAAGUGCGCGCUUCGGGAGCAGCAGAUUGCAGCUAUCUCGUACGAAGUCUGCUUGGGGCUUGCGUAUCUGCAUUCCAGAGGAAUUAUUCACCGCGACGUGAAGUCGGAAAACAUUCUUCUCUCGUCAGAUGGAAAAGUAAAGCUUGGUAAUUUUGGAUGUACAGCCCACAAUGGAAUGAUGGAUGUUUUGCAUCAGACGGAAUCGGAUGGUUCGUAUUGGUUGGCCCCAGAAGUCAUCAUGGGUGAGAAAUACAACUCGAAGCUAGACGUCUGGAGUCUAGGAAUUCUUGCCCUAGAGAUGGCACAUGGUUUGCCGCCUGAAUUGUUUAACGAUACAGCUCGGACGCUGAAUUCGUCUUCGCAAACCGGCAUUCAGUUCUUCCAUACACCCGAUUCUCUUUCUCAGGAUUUCCGUGACUAUGUUAUAGCUACGCUGACUGUUGAUGUGGCCGAACGCCCAACGGUUCUGCAGUUGCUGAAAGACUUUUCGUUCUUGCAGCAAAGAGAACCUCUCUCUUCCUUGAAACCCUAUAUUCAGAUUAAUAUCCAGGAUUCUUCUCCCGAUUCCAACAAAUACCCCUUUGACAGCGACUUGCGCUAAUGAUGCGUACAUUUAAUUGUUUUAAUUUUCUCCUUUCCAUUUCGCAUGGGCACCACAGGUAAUCCAAUAUCCUCUUCUUUUUCUGUUCAUCGAUACCACUACUAUUACUAUUUCCCCAUAUCUUUUCUGGCUUAUGACUGAAACUUUUCCGAUUGAUUUGUUCUUCGCUCCCCUAUUCGCCAUCGCUUAUGAUCGUUUGUUCCCCCAGGCUUGUGUUUUUUGUGUGGUUUUCUUGUCUUUUUCGUUACUAUUGUUCCCAAACUUAAUACCUAAUAACGCUAUGCACAGGCAAUGUGCUUCUAUUCCUCCUGUUACUUUGCAUAAUAUUUUCAAAGGAUAAACUAUUAAUUAUCAUUAUUACGUGAAGGCUGUCAUUACGGACGUUUUAGAAGAAGAAUGAUAGAGAAGCUGGAACUUGUUUGUGAAGGUCUAGCUUGAUCGUUGAGGCAAUACAGGGCAGCACUCUGUGUUAUUGAAGGGCCACAAACGGGAAUUAAACACUUUAGCACGAUGAACUUGAAACUUCCUCAGAUGUGCUUGAUGACGAUGGUUUGACAUCCCAAUUGGGAGUCUGUCUCAAUGACCAUCUGUAAUAGUUCAAAAGAUCGUCCAGCUUUGAGUUUACCGUGUAUCCUUCCGCCAGCAAAAUGCUUGUAUUUACCUGCUUUGCAACGAUGUCUCUUUGGUUUUCAUUUACUAGUGCCCUGAACUUUUCAGGAAGCUGUGUAAAGGGAAAGCAUACCAGAGCCAUUAUGUCUUCGAGCUUGUUCAUGUGACCCGUCCUUGUCAAGGGUACCAGAUUUUCAGAAGCAAAGUCCAGUGUUUCUUGAAACAUUUUCGUCAGUUCCUCCUCGUUUUCGGAAGUAAUGUGAGGCCGUAUUUUUUCCAUGAGUUGGAGUCUCAGCAAAGAGAACAUUAAAUCUUCGUUUGUGUCUAAAAUCUAAAUAAUUACAAUGUUAGUAUUCAACACAAAGCGAGAAGCACGGGAGAUAAAACUCGUUCAUUCAUUCACCGUCGUCUUCCGUAUUGUUCGAACCUCAGGGGACAAGUCGUUCAGCCCGUUAAUUGCUGCUUCAAUAUUUCCUGUUUGAACAUGCUUGCAGAUUUCAACACGUUUCUGCAUUCUGUCCGGAAUAUGCGUUGAGCAAAGGUUUGCUUCCUUAAUAAAGCAUCGUGCUGCUUCUUCUUCGCCUUCAUGUACCAGGAAGUCGAAAACAAGGCUGUUCAUUUCACUGAAGACUUCGUUAGUAUCGGCCAUUCUUCGUCCGUUUUUCCAACAAU